AUGAACCCCGCCGAGUCGGCCUUUGUCACGAUUGUCAGCUCCGAUGGUGUCCGAUUCCAGGUGACCCGUGAGGCGGCCUGCUCCAGUGCCACCCUGGCCAGCAUGCUGGGCGAGACCGGUGCCGAGAUCUUCCUGCCGGACAUUCCUGCGCACUCCCUGGUGACGGUCUUCCGUUUCGCGUAUCAGAAAAUGUCCUCCAACGUGGAGAGCGCCUCGGUGCCGAACCCGUCGCAGGCGUCGCGCUUUGCUUUCAGCCCGCCGGCGCAGGCGGCCGGCGCGGCGCCCUUCGAGGUCCCUGCCACCCGGCUCGGGUCGCUGAUUCGGGCGGCGGACUUCCUGCAAAUCUAG